CUAAAACUAUUUUAAAGUGAUAUGUAAAAUAUUAUGCACCGACAUUGAUGGUAGUUAUAGCUAAAACUAAUUAGCAAAAGUCACUAACCGUAAAAUUGGAAUUAUUCGACGGACACGGCGAUGGAAUACUAAAAUAAUCUAACUAUUAAAUGCAAAUAUGGAACUUCACCUAUUCACCGUUUUUCUGCCAGUCGUUUUCGGCCAGAUUAAGCCCGACGUAUCCUUUGACCAGUCAAACGAUAGGUUCGACCUGACGCCCCUGCUCCGAGAGGCGUCCUAUGACCAGUGGGGCGAUGUCAUGAACGGAGUGAGACGGUCUGGGUUAAGCAAACCCACCGUAAACGUAGACGAGAGCAAGGUAUCAGAAGCCACCAAGAAAUUCAUGGAUGCUCUCAGAGGUUUCCAGCGGAACUUUGACUUCAAUACUCCAGAAAACAGUGAUAACGAGAACCCUGAAGAAAAGGUACAAUUGAGGAGGGACCUGGUUAGUUACUUGCAUGAGUACCAGCCGGAUAUGACGAGGCGCUCAGACCAAUCUGAGUUAGACAGAGAGGUGCUAAUACAUCAUGCCGUCCCUAUCGUGAUGACGGUUGAAGGUAUAAUGCAAGUGCCAAAAAGAGAUAAAUAAAAUUAAAAAUAUUCAUGCUUUUUUAUAUGCAAUUUUAUUCAUUUAAUGAUCAGCUUACUGAGAAAAUAGAAAAUCGAAUAGUAUUUUAUGCAAUAGUUGUAUAAGAAGGGUCAAAAAAGGCGAGUGGCGUGAGUUACAAUGUGAGCCGGAGCCGAAGGCGUAGCGAUAAUUUAUAACACAUCUACUUUUAUUACAGUUACAAAGAGAGUGUACUUAUAAACUAAGACAUAAAUGUAAUACAUGAUGUACAAUUAAUACAAAUAAAAUCUAUUCUAUUCUAUUCUAUCAAAUUUCAUAAUAGAAUUUUAUAUAAUCGUAAUAUAAUAGACAGCUUUUCAGUCGAGUAAGUACCGUGUUUCUUAGUAAGGUAAGAGAUUGAAAAGCUUGAUUAUAUCACUAUUGUAUACAAUACUUUUUCUACGAGUCAUCUGAAAUAAUACUUUUACUAUAAAUCCUAAAUAAUGAAUAAAACAUUGUAAGUAUCUCAGUAAACAAAAUUGUAGUAGAAUAGACAUAAACGCGCGAAUAUUUAGUCUCGCCUCGCGCCCGCUUAGUUUUUUUUUCUAUGGCAGCGCGGCAGCACGUGAUUGGUCAAUUUUUUUAUAUGUAGGUAUAGUUGACCACAGCGUAUCAAAAUAAAUAUUGGAGUUGCGUACUUUUCACGUAUGGACUCCCUUACAUGAAAAGUACACAAUUAUAGUUUGGUAUGCGAAAUCUUAAUUCAAUCGUUACAGUCGACGAGUAGAAGAAACUUAUUUUAUUUAACACCAGAGGUAUAUAAGUCACCUAUGUGCAAAGCGACGUCAGUUCAUAGGCACUUAAAAGUUCGAGCCCAGAUGGCCAACCGUGAAAAACGAAAAUCGAAAUUUCGUUAUCUGCUUCUCUAUUGCUCUUGUGUAUUUGAACGACAGAGAGGCAGGUAAUAGUAUUUUAUGCAACAGUUGUAUAAGAAGGGUCAAAAAAGGCGAGUGGCGUGAGUUGUACAGGAAUUACCAGGGCCUCAUGAGUUACGAGGAGGUGUCGCGACUGCUGCCGUGCUGCCGCGCUGCCAUAGAAAAAAAAACUAAGCGGGCGCGAGGCGAGACUAAAUAUUCGCGCGUUUAUGUCUAUUCUACUACAAUUUUGUUUACUGAGAUACUUACAAUGUUUUAUUCAUUAUUUAGGAUUUAUAGUAAAAGUAUUAUUUCAGAUGACUCGUAGAAAAAGUAUUGUAUACAAUAGUGAUAUAAUCAAGCUUUUCAAUCUCUUACCUUACUAAGAAACACGGUACUUACUCGACUGAAAAGCUGUCUAUUAUAUUACGAUUAUAUAAAAUUCUAUUAUGAAACUUGAUAGAAUAGAAUAGAAUAGAUUUUAUUUGUAUUAAUUGUACAUCAUGUAUUACAUUUAUGUCUUAGUUUAUAAGUACACUCUCUUUGUAACUGUAAUAAAAGUAGAUGUGUUAUAAAUUAUAAUCAUAAAAUAUAAUGCUAUUGUCAAUUUAUUCGGUAUUUUGUUCGGUCUGGCCUAGUGGGUAGUGACCCUGCCUAUGAAGCUAAUGGUCCCGGGUUCGAAUCCCGGUAAGGGCAUUUCUUUGUGUGUGUUUGUGUGUGUGUGUGUGUGUGAGUGGCGAUAAAGUAAAACACGACCGAAGGGAGUAUCCGCACAUGUAUCGCACAACAUUUUACAGUACAUAUGGCCCUUUAAAUUGUCUACAUAGAGUGACGUAAUGUGCUAAUUAUCGCACUAGUGAGGUAAAGUAGCACCAUAUGUACUGUAAAAAUACUUAAUCGUUUAUGGCGCUUUUCAUUGGGUUCAAAUGACGCUUGGUUUUUAUUUAGUAUAAAAAUUAAACGCUAUAUGGCACUGUUCCUCAUUGUGAAACUCCUAAACCGCACUAUCAAAAAACAUUCUUGAUAUUUAUCGUUUUUGUUUAAUUUAAGUAUUAACAUAGUAUUUUCUUGAAAUUAUGACCCUCUAAACUCAUACAAUGGUCAGUUAAUUAAUCUUAAACAUUUAGUCGAACAUGGUACAGACGGUGCCCCAAAAAAGUACCUACCCAAUUUUCUGCAAAGCUAAUAUGGCUACGUGGGUACUUUAGUCGGGGCACUUGACUGAUACCAUGGUACCUCCCCGUAGGUAUCGGUGUGAUUUUAAAAACGAUCCACGUGAGAUAGAAAAUAGUGUACGAAUUUAAUUAAAUAUUUCUUAUCUAUUCAUUUAUUAAUCCCACGGUUAAUUUAAACAUUAUUUUUCCCAGUGAUUAAGAUUUUUCCAUCCAUUUUAUAACUUACUUUACAAGCAUGGGGCUUCUAGCAUUAACCAUUUUUAUAAGCUUGGCUUCUCUAACUAUUCAAAAAUCUGUAAAAAUAGAGGAUCUACAAAAAUCCCCAGAGCUUGAGGCUAUUCUACAAAAUCUAAUAAACCAAGGCCAAUACAACGAUGUUAAGUUGAAACUCAAUAGCAAUAAGAUCAAUAAGAAAACAUUAAAAGACGCGACCAAAAUCCAAUAUUUGGGCGAAUUGUCUUCUGAAAAAGAAGGAAAGGAAGGACUCAAAAGUUUAAACAAGAAGCUGGCCAAGCUUAUAGAUAGUUUACAAGACAGUGUAAAUAAUGAAAAUACAAUUGAUCCAACAUGUUCAUGUGGUUACGUUGGUAAGAGUUUGCCUGGAGUCAUCAAAUGCGAGUGUGGUUCCUCAAGUGACAACGAGGAGCCAGCUCGAGAUAUAAAAGACAAUAUAUAUGACGAAUUUGGAGAAGAUGAAGAUAGUAUAAAAGAGGAGCGCAAAAAACAUCAGGACAGUAGAAAGAUUAGAUCCGUCAAAGAUAAGCUAGAUGAUUAUAUACAAAUGGCAAGAUUCAGUAAAGACGAUGAUAGAGAAGAUGCUUAUUGGACUGAUGAUAACGAGUGCGGAUGCCAAAUUCAAAGGAGUGCAGACGACGAUGAUAAUUUAACACUUAGGUGCCGAUGCAAUGGACCAAAAUAUUUCGAAAGAGUCGGAGAGGAUGAUAGAGAUGAUGGCUACUGGUCAGAUGAUAGUUAUUGCGGAUGCGCAUUAUUGAGAAAUACAGACAAUGAUAGAGAUAUAACCCAUAACUUAAGAUGUAGAUGCAAUUCACCCGCAAGAGUAGGUAAAAAUGAUGACAGGGAUGACGGUUACUGGUCUGAUGAUAGUUAUUGUGGAUGUUCAAUGUUAAGGAAUACAAAUAAUGAUGACGAUAUGACACACAACUUAAGAUGUAGAUGUAAUUCGCCUACAAGAAUAGGUAAUGAUGAUGACAGAGAUGCCGGCUAUUGGUCGGAUGACAGUCAUUGUGGAUGUAAAUUAUUGAGAAAUCAAGGUAACGGUGUAAAGGACUUAAGAUGUCGAUGCAAUUCACCCUCCAGGUCCGGUCGUGAUAUAUUUUCAGCCCCAAGAUUGAAACAAAGAGCUGAGCACUUUAGUUCUAUACUCUCCGAUUUAAGCGACGAAGACAACAAUGACCAAAGCAAAAACUCCAAAACCAGUUCAGAUGAACACAAUCUAAAUACGCUUAUGAGUUUUAUCCUAGACAAAGACGACGAUGUUGAUCUGUCUCAACUGCCUAAGGUACAAAGACAAGUAAUAAUUAAACUUAAAGAUAUAAUGCCCUCUCUUAGAAAUAUUGAUAUAAGUGAAUUAAAAGAUAACAUCGAGUUAAUGUUAUAUGAAAAUGAUCACACACUUCGGGAAUAUAGACAGAAAUCUGACUCAGAAAAUAAUUUAACAGCAAAACAAAUACAAAGGUUACUGAAUGUUAUUGGACAGCAAAAAGCACCAGCAAGGAAACGACAAAGGCUACUGGAGCUUAUUGAAGCACCAGCGGGAAAGAAAACACCAGCAAAGAAAGCAGCAGCAAAAUAUAAUAGCAAGAUAUAUCGUAGAAACAUGCCGGAUGACUCAAUUGGAGUCCCUUUCACUUAUGAAAUGCACGGAUUAGCACAGAUUAACGCAUAGAGUAAAGAAAAUAAAGGACAGUCAUUGGA